AUGGCAGCCUCCAGAGUCCCCGCUUGUUUCCUUCUGGAGGAGGAGAUGGUAUUGUCCACUAGUGAUUGCACCAUCACAACUCUGCUGCUGGUCAUCCAACACAUUUCAGACGAUAUCAUCCUGAGCCAGGGUUUGGGCACCCCCGUGAUGCAGGAACUCUUCAGUACUGAGCGGACUCUUACUAGCCAUCUGCACUUUUUUGCAGGAAGAGAAGCUUGGAAGCCUUCUGAUGACUGGUCCAAGUUUGAUGAUUGUCUGAAAACUCGAAAUGCCGGGAAAAUAAACAAAGAAGCUGAUGCUGUCCUGAAAUAUCUAAAGGAGCAGUGUGGUGCAAAGAAAUUAGGGGUCAUUGGUUUUUGCUGUGGUGGUAUUGCUGUACAUCACCUGAUGGUGACAUACCCAGAAUUAAAGGCUGGUAUAUCUCUCUAUGGACUAAUCAAGCAUUCUGGUGAUAUAUCCAAUCUCCUGAACCCUACAUGUUUCAUUUUUGCUGAAAAAGAUGACUUCAUUCCGCUUCAUCAAGUCAUCCUGCUGGAGCAGAAGCUAAAAGAAAAUUGUAAAGUCAAUUAUGAAGUUAAAAUUUAUCCUAGACAAACGCAUAGUUUUGUACAUUGCAGAAGAGAAGAUAUCAAUCCUCAAGAUAGACCUUACAUUGAGGAAGAAGAAAAGAAUAUGAUCAGCUGGCUGAAAAAAUACAUUUAA